UUUUGCUGCGCGCAACAAAGGCGAAAGGUGCGCUAGCAUAAUGCUAAAGUCCUAUGGUAAGGUUUCUUGAAUGGAUAACUGUUAAACCCUGAUUAACUGAAUACUCCUGCAACGUUGCAGGUUUCUACUUUGGCGACUCCGUGUGUUCCAGCGUUUUUAAAUGUUAGGAAAUAAUGGUGAUUUCUGUUUUUGGUCGCUGCUAUCCAUUAACUCAGCUUUGCUAAUGCUUACCAAGUUGUCUGAAAAUUUGGCCACAAUGGCAUUAAUAUGGUUGAAAAUAAUUUGAAUACAUGAGUGCUUCCAGCGUCUCGGAUUACGAAUGCAUGCUGGAUUCCUGAAAGGAAAUUCUUGCAGUAUGACAUACGUUCAAAGAAAGUUUCUGUCUAACUCUCAUUCAUCUGCCAAACACAUGGGAAGCCAACACCUGCCACUGGAAGCCUUUAUUGAAAUUUGAAAUAUUUCUCCAAAAAAAAAUAACAAAUAAUCAUUUGCCAUGCGUAUCAGUUUGUGCCAGGGUCUGUUAACAGGUGCUAUCAUCCUCAACCUCCUCAUACUUUAUUUUGUAUCGCGAGCCCAGCAACAGAUGAUGGAGAAAAGGAAGGAGCUCGGCAGGGGCUCGAGGAGAGCUGUCCAACCGGCUUCACCUUUCGGGGGAGCCUUAGGGAUUAUUGGAGGUGAGCAUGGAGGAAUGGCAGUAGAGGGCCAUGGCCGAGGCCCACGCGUGACUGUUAUUCUUCGGGAGUUUGAAAACUUUGAGAACUAUGUUGGAGAUGUGGCUAAUUCCUUUCUUCGUCAACGUCCGGAGCUUCCCUUUCUGGCUGUGACCGACACGUUUCCAUAUCCUCCCGUUGUGCUUCCAGAGGGCGCCCGGCUUCUGGUGCUCUCUCCCAGCCCCGACCAGCCACCGCAAGCUCACAGGCCGGAGUUUCACGUGCAAACAGAGUUUGUCCUGUUGGUGCCCGACGGCGUGGAGCUGGAGCAACCAAGAGUUUUUGAGAGACUCAUUAAAGAGUUGGAGGGUGAAGGUGGGGGACCUGUGAGGCUGGUAGCUGUGCCCGUUUUAGCGCGAUCUGCAGUGCAGUGUCUCCACCUGCGGGUGAACCUCAAAGAGUGGACGGCUACCUACUCAUCGGCCAUCUCAGGGAGCAGUGGGAGUGUAUGUACGGCUUUACAAGGAGAUGCAGUAGUUCUGAUUCGCACUGAAGACCUUUUUAACCUGUCUGUCCCUUUAGGGCAUCCCCUCUUUCCUGCCCUGUUUGUUCAGACUACCUUGAGGGGCUGGAAGGUCAAACUUCUGGAAAGUCCUUAUUUCUCGGCAAACCACCGACCACUUUUCAGCUCCGCUCACAAUCAAUGGAAGGCUGAUACUCGACUUAAGGAGGCCACAGGGAAGCUCAUGAGGAGCUUCGGUCUGAAGCGCCUCCUGCUCCCUGAGGGAAAGGAACAGUGGUUUGGCUGCACUAAAGAAACUCCUCGCUGCUUUGGCACUGUGCAGGAUGACACGCCAGACUACCUGUAUCUUGAUCGCUGGACACCUCCAUGCUGCCUGCGAGCACUGAGGGAAACCACCAAGUAUGUUAUCAAUGUCCUGGAGAGCUCUGGUGUGCGUUACUGGCUCGAGGGAGGUUCUCUUCUCGGUGCCGUCCGCCAUCAAGACAUCAUCCCCUGGGACUAUGAUGUGGACCUGGGUAUCUACUUGGAGGACGUGCCCAACUGCGACCACCUGAAGAACCUGGACUCAGGCUCUCUGGUAGACGCUAACGGCUACGUGUGGGAGCGGGCGGUGGAGGGAGACUUUUACAGAGUUCAGUACAGCGAGGCCAACCACCUGCACGUGGAUCUGUGGCCUUUCUACUCACGCAACAGCGUCAUGACAAAAGACACUUGGACACAGCACAAACAAGAUGUGGAGUUCCCAGAACACUUCCUGCAGCCACUGGUGCCAAUGCCCUUCGCUGGCAUCACAGCCUAUGGCCCCAAUAACCAAAGGGCCUUCUUGGAGCUUAAGUUUGGCGAGGGGGUGAUUGAAAAUCCCCAGUACCCCAACCCCGUUAAAAAAAGGCUGGACAGAAGCAAAUUAUAAGUGACAGUUGGGGCUCUGUCCUUUUUAUGUUGCACUGUAUUUAUUUACUGAAAACAAAUACCUCUAAAAGUUUUCUUUGAAAAAUGCCAGAGCACUAUACACUGCUAUAACGGUUUCAGUUUUACUAGUAUUACCUACUAGCUGCCAGCAUUAUAUUCAGAGCUGCUAAUUUUGUUCUAAUAUGUGUUCAAACAUGAAGCUUGAUGUUUAAAAGUGAUGUAUGUUCUUGAAGGGAUACACACACUUAAAAAGACUACUAAUGUUCUGACAUUAGCCCCACCUUAAACAAUCAACAACUGGUUUGCUAUAUAGUUGACUGAAUGUAUUGUACAGUAAAAAUGUUACUGCUGCGAGGGUGGAUUAUUUAAAAUUGGUGUUGUAUGUUUGUGACUAUUUACAGCAGGUUUUACCUUCCUUGUCCCCUUCAUUUCCCUCUUCUUGAGUCCUUACGUUAUUUCCUUCCUUGUAUCCUUCUUUCCUUAAGUUUUUCAGCCUUUCCUUCUUUUCUUCCUUGUGUCCUACCUGCACCCUUUUUCGGUUUCCCUCACCUUCCUCACCUCCUUUCUUACCUUUCUUGGAUCGCUUUGUGUGUCCUUUACUUGUUUCCUUGCCUUGUUCCUUCCUUCCAGUCUAUAUACAAAAAUGAAGUAACAUUUUAUAUAUAUAUAGAUAUAUAUAUCUAUCGAUAGAUAGAUAGACAGACAGACAGACAGACAGACAGAAUUUUAUUCAUUUAUUUUUUGUAAAUGGGCAUGUACAGCUGAGAACUCUCAAAAUUGAAGUCUGUAAAAGUAGAAUUUCUACAUGAUGAUUGUGUAGAAAGUUACAAACAAAUUUUCGCAACAUUAUCGCCAAAAUAUUGUGAUACUGAUACUGCAUUUUUCUCUCUACUCUUUCUUUUCUACUGUCUCAGUGUCCCAUCCUGUUGGCCAAAAAUUGACCACAAGAGUUCGAAUCCAUUGGACAAGAAAUAAAAUAAGUCUUAAUUAUUGCAUCCAGUUAGUCCUUUGCGGUUGCGUUAUUGCACACAUAGAUUUUCAGAUGAUGGUGUUGUUAAUUUUGUUCCCUUAUUUUACAGCGAUUUCGGUUUUGCACAUCCUAUAAAUGAUUGUUAGGGCAGGUCGAUGCAAUUUAGUUCCGAACAGCUCCAUGAAAGAUGAGGAAACAAGCGCCUCUGUUUACAGAUGUUUCAAAGGCACGCUGGUCACACGGCGGAUCUAUAAAAUUAAAGUAUUUAGUUAGAAAUAAUGCAUCGACUCAGAAUCAAACUGAAAUAGACACAAAGCUGCCAUAAACCAGGCACAAAUGAUUUGUAAUGUAGUUUGCAUCGCUGUGUUGACCUGUUUUGGUUCUCAUUUGGUAUUUUUUGUCUCCUGUUAAUCAUUACUUGUCAAUUGACAGGUCAGUUUACAUUUCUUAUUAACAGUUUUGCUUAAUUUUGCGGUUAAUUUUUCUGUUCUGGUUUGUUUUAUUGUGAGUUGCAUGUAUUUUGACUGUUUAUUUUGUGUAACAAUUUUGUUUAAAAUAAAAAUAAUUGAAGCUGGA